CACGUAUUAGUCUCGUUCUGGAUCUCUUCGCGAUAACAUCACGAGUUCUAAGAGAGUUACAUCUAAAAAGCUCUUUAUCGUUCAAAAGACGCGCGACAGUUAUUUUUUUUUCUUUUUUUUUUUUUUUCCUCUCCUUCCUUCCUUCCUUCCUUCCUUCCAUUUAAGGCGAAUUAAUAAUUUCGCCAGAUCCGCGAUAGUGGAACGUGAAAUUAUUCUUAAUUUCUUUUAUCAAUCUUUUUCUACGGGUUUUUCCUUUUUCUUUUUUUUUUUUUUCUUUUCUCUUUUAUUUCCUUUUUUUUUUUUUUUUUUUUUUUUUCUUGCUUUUUUUCCUUUUCUCCUUUUUUCCUUUACUUAAUUCUUUUGUCUUAAUUCUUUUUCAAUCACUAUUUCUUAAAUCACAUCGAUCGAAUUAUAAUUGUUGCAUUGUAUAUAAAUGAACGUGGAGAUUUGUCAACAGUGCUGUUUAUACGAAUUGCAACGUCAACGAUUUGAAAGGAAAAUGGCUAAAGACGAGAAAGGCAACGAGAAGGUCGCUUUGAAACGAGAGCUUGGACUUUUCAGUGCCGUCAGUAUAAUUCUUGCUGUUAUGAUCGGUUCUGGAAUAUUUGUAUCACCGGCCAACGCUUUGGAAAGAUCCGGAUCCGUAGGAUUUUGUUUAAUCAUUUGGAUAACCUGCGGUUUUCUGUCACUAUUGGGUGCUUUGGCAUUUGCGGAAUUGAGUACGGUUGUACCACGUUCCGGUGCGGAAUAUGCUUACUUCAUCGAAGCUUAUGCUCCUCUUCACCAUUACGCUGGACAAAUACCGGCAUUCAUUUGUUCCUGGGUAUACGUUAUACUUCUAAGACCGGCCGAAGUUGCUGUUGUAAUAUUAACGUUCGCUGAAUAUGGUGUACAACCAUUCUCUUAUUACCUUGACGAUUUGCCAAUGGAUUCGAUGGACCGAUUGAAAAAAUUAAUCGCCAUGCUGGCACUUGGCCUGAUUACAUUUACGAAUCUAACGAGUGUUAAACUUUACGUUAAAGUGCAAAAUUCAUUGACGAUAUGUAAAGUUGCAGCUUGUAUUCUUGUAAUAGGAGGUGGUAUAUACUGGUUAAGUACUGGCCAUUUAGAUCUAUUAAAGGAUCCUUUUCGUGGUACAACAACAUCCGCCGGUAACAUAGCAUUGGCCUUUUACAAUGGUCUUUGGGCAUACGAUGGUUGGUCAUCGGCUGCUAUAAUAACAGAAGAAAUUCAAAAGCCAGAGAUCAAUAUUCUCAGGAGUAUAUUAAUAGCUGUACCAAUGAUUACUAUUUUAUAUGUGUCAAUGAAUUUGAUGUAUAUGGCUACAUUAACGAUACCUGAAAUGAUAAGUGCACCUGCCGUUGCCGUUUUAUGGUCCAAAAGAGUACUUCCAAGUUGGUUAGCCUUCGCUAUACCACUUGGUGUUGCUUUCUCUACAUUUGGAUGUGGUCUUAGUAUACAAUUCAGUGUAUCACGAUUGUGUUACGUCGCGGGAAGAGAAGGUCAUGUACCACGCAUAUUCAGUUAUGUACACAUGGAGAAAUUAACGCCAGCGAUAGCUGUAGCGUUUCAAGGAAUACUCACAUUGAUAUGUCUCUUAUUAGGAGACAUUACCGCUUUAAUAGAAUUCGCAAGUUUUCUUACCUGGGUUUUUUAUGGUUUCGCGAUGAUAGCCCUUAUUAUUAUGAGAAGGACUAAACCUAAUGCAUCUAGACCAUAUGCGGUACCUAUUUUUAUACCAUGGUUGGUAUUAUUAAUUGCUAUUUUUCUAGCAAUCAUUCCUAUCGUUUACGAACCAUCAUUCAAAUAUUUGUUCGCCGUUGGAUUCAUUUUGUGUGGUAUAUUCGUUUAUCACGUCUACGUGUAUAAUAAGAAAAAAAGCUCUUUGUUAGCUAAAUCUACGUACCUGAUUCAAGCAUUGAGUUUAGUUGUUGCUCCAGAUAAAGAAGACUGAGCUUUUAUAUUGUAGCCAAUGUACAUAAGUUGGCAACAGCUACUUAUCAUUUUAAAGUGGUUGAAGAUUCUAGGAUAAAUUAUAAAUUUUUUGUCGAUAAAUACUGCUUAUCACUAACACACCUAUUUUUUUUUCUUUUUUUUUUUUUUUUUUUUUUUU